GUACAUAUGAAACAAACACCUAGAAUACGAGCUCAGUCGGACAGCGCCAUGAUACGUUUAAUAGUGACGACGUUAUGUCUGCUUUUCGCUGUUAUUUGUUGCGGUUCAGCACUGCCAGAACCAGAAUCAAGAAUUGUGAAUGGAACAGAAGUUAUGGAUGGACAGUAUCCAUUUAUGAUUUCUCUAAGAGUUAAUGGAAGCCAUAACUGUGGAGGUACAGUUCUGAAUGAGGAAUGGGUUCUUACUGCUGCACACUGUGUGUACCGAAAAAACUUAGCAUGGCUGAGUGUGUUUGCUGGUUCCAUUCAACUGUAUGAUGACUCAGUGCCACUUAUACCAAUCUCCGAAGCCAUUCUUCAUGAAGAUUACAACCAAAAACUCUUAGUUAAUGACAUUGCAGUCUUGAAGUUGUCUGAACCACUUUCGCUUGGCCAAAGGAUACAACCAACAACACUUCCAAUGGAAUUCCAGAUGACAUCUGUGGGCACAUCUGCUACACUCAUUGGAUGGGGGAAAUCUCAUACUGGAGGCAAAGAUGCAAAAGUGUUAGAAGCAGUGAACAUCACUGUGUGGUCCAACAGUAAAUGUAGUGAAGCCUAUUCAGAUGAUAAAAAGCCAAUUCUAUCUUCAAAUAUCUGUGCUGGAGACCGCUGGAAAGGACAAUGCAGUGGAGAUUCUGGUGGUCCACUCAUAGCAAACAGUUACCAGGUUGGAAUUGUUUCAUGGUCAAGAAAACCUUGCACUAUUAAAGGUUAUCCUGGUGUUUUUACACGAGUAGCCGACUAUGUUGAUUGGAUUAAAGAAAAAACAGCAUCAGAUGAGAUGCUAACAUUUUCAUAUUAAGUGGUUUCUUUUUUUUUUUUUUCAAAAAUUUAUGUGUUGAUUAUGAAGUAGAAUACAAUAAACCUGUGAUUUAAAAAUGA